AUGCCGCAGGGGUCAAAGCCAUUGGAACAAUUAGCUGACGAGCUUGUUCUCGAGAUCGUUGAUCACCUGAGCUUGACGGACCAGCAAUUCUACAAACAACAGUCCACAACCCCACUCAAUUUGGAUAUCUGGAAUCUUUCUCUGUGCAACAGAAGGCUAUCCUCUAUCCUUAUCCCAUCACUCUACCAUUCCAUAUGUAUCGACAAAGCCUCCCAGCUACUAGGCCUUCUUCGACGUGUGAUCGAUAACUCUAUUGACGGUGGCCUUGUGAAACGCCUUCUUCUUGUACGCGAAAAUAUCGAGAAAUGGAUAGAGACCGCUAAAGGGGCCGUUUCCUCCGGAUUCCUUGCAUUUGCGAUCCGGGAGGGUCAUUUAUGGGCAAAGACAUUGAGCUUCUUGCUUCAGUUUCCCAAACUGAAUGGACUGGGCAUCGAGCCUUCACUCCUACUGUAUGACUCGUUACACAAUAUCAAUAUCAUUACAACCGGUGAAGUCUUUAAAGCCCUUCACUCUGUUGUCGUCGUCGUGCCAGGUCCUGCUAUCAGCCAAACACCGGUCGAUAUCUCAACGUUGGUCCCCUUCCUUCUCGUCCCUUCCCUGCGUCAAGUCCAGGCUUAUCAUAUAAGAACAAUAUACUCUACAUCCUAUGAAAAUUGGCUCUUGGCACGUGAAAAAAUCAGUCUCCCAUCAUGGCGUAGGACGUCCAAUGUUGAAGCAUUAGCUCUACUAUCGUCCGGCGUUCACGGUGACGACCUGGGACGCCUUCUACAGCUUCCACGUACCCUCAAAUCAUUCACAGUUGGUUUGGUCUCACCCGAUUCAUAUGGUUCGAUUUCAGGUCCACGACCAAUUUAUCAAGCCCUCAACCGCGUUUCGGAUACCCUCGAAGCUCUUACCAUACGUUGGAUCGAUGCAUUGCCUUUGACAACGGCCUCCUGGUCAUUUAUACAUUUUGGGUUACUUAAGCGAUUAGCCAUUAACUGGACCUUAAUCGCCGGGAGCGAUCCUGGCGCUGCUCCAAAUUUGGCGGACCUUCUCCCUCCAGUACUUGAAACUCUAGGGCUCUUUUCCGUUGAGGUAAACAAUUGGAUAUCAGGACAAAUCAUUGAUCAUGUAAAGCAGCUUUUAAUACAAAAGUCAGCCACAACCCUAAAUCGACUGUGCAGAGUAGAAAUUUGUGACUUCCCUAUGCUUCUAAUUCCCCUCGCUGAACUAGCAUCACAAAAAGGCGUCUCAAUAGUUCCAGAGGUCGCGGCUAAAAUUCUCCUAGGAGCGGUAGAACACGUUCGCUUUGAUCACGAACGACCUCUAUGGGUUGUGUUUUGGGACAGAUACAAACCCGACCGAGAGGUUAUUGCGAGUGCAUCGUCCCAGCAAGCUAGUGUCAUGAAGGGUUCUUAUCCUCCUGAGUCAUUGCGUUUGGCACUCUCACUUGAGAUGGGCGAGUUCUCAGAGAAUAUCCUCCCUGACACAUCAGCUAGCAUCUCGGACGAUGGGUGGAGCAGACCCAAUGAUGGCACCGGCAGCGGAUAUGGUGGGGUUGAACAUCAAGACGAGGAGGACGAUUUGUCCGAAGAUGACAACGAACCAGUAGAACAAGCCGUCGGUGAAGAGGAGUGUGGCAAGGGCAGUGAAAAACACGAUGUACAUUUUGUCCCAAGUGGGGAAGAUGAAACAUCCAGUGAAGGGUGGGAUGUUCGGCAUAUUGAUCGAGGUAGCUUGCCCAUAGCUCAUUAUACCGAU